CUGAAUAAUUAAAUUCAUAUCGUAUAUUGUAUUUCAUGGAUACAUACAAAAAUUUCAUGACUUGAGCAUAUGUCAACGUUGUUGAAAGAAAUCAUCAUCAGAAUUCCACUCAUCGAGAAUCUUAUCACAAAUGUACAAAGUUUGGGCACUAUCCUAAUCUUUCACUUGUUGUCUGCUAAUAAUUCACUUGAAACAAGUAAACUCCCUAAAGAAAAAAUUAAUGCCAUUCAACUAAGAGGCUGACAGCCCAUCUCCCACAAACAGUCCAAUCACAUCUCCCACAAGAGAGAGAGAAAGAGAGCCUCAACUUGAAUUGAAAGUAGCCUUCAUUUAUAUAAUAGUAUAACCUUCAUUUGUAACAAUGGCAGUGUAAAACAAAUGCUUGCAAAUUCUUGAAAAUAUUCAAGCAUCUGUUGAAAAAGGACCACUCAUAAGAUUUAGGCCACUCAAAAUUCUUGAAUACUAAAUGCAUCAAAUCAGCCAGUUGUUCUGAUAAAACCAAGCCAUGUUUGCAAUAAUAUGAAACAUCAAACCAUCUAAAUCACCAAAACAGGGCAAAUAAUUGAGGCAAACUUAACAAGUAAAAAUACCAAGAAAACGAAUGUUAUUACAAAUGAGGGAAAGAGACACAAAAAGUGGCAGCUGGGACUAAUUUUGCAAAAGGAUACAUCAACUUACUAACAAUGAUGCAAAAAGAUUCUUCACAAUCUAAUAAUACUUGAUUGUAGGUGAAUAAUUGAAUCUUUAACAGGAAUCAUCUCUCUCCAAUUUCUAACUUAAUGUGGGACCAGAUUAUGUUUUACGACCUAAAGCCAGACUAUUAUAUGUAUGACUACUUGGGAGCUCUCCACACACAAAAAAAAUGUUUUUCAGUAUGAGUAUAUCAAUAUAAGACCCAAACACAUAUCUCAGACUCUUUGCUAGUACCAAAUUUUUUUGAGGGGGAGAACUUACAAUAAUAUUUACAUCGAGUGAGAGCUUUUGCUGGUCCUUCAGCUUCAAAACUGCAUGGCAAACAUGAUGUCUGUGCUUAGACUUCUUCCACUCCUGACAUUUCUGUUUCUUUGCCAGUCAUUUGUUGAUGCAGAGAUUUUGCAUCAGCAGAUGAAGAAGACGUUCAUAGUUCACAUGGACAAGUCGAACGUGCCAGAAAGCUUUGACAAUCACCUGCAGUGGUAUGACUCUUCUUUGAAGUCAGUAUCACAAACUGCCAACAAGCUCUACACAUACAACAACGUUGUCCAUGGAUAUUCAGCGCGCCUAACAGUUGAGGAAGCUCAGUUGCUUGAAGCGCAACCAGGAGUCCUCUUGGUUCAAGAGGAUAAGAAAUAUGAAAUCCACACCACCAGAUCACCUGAGUUCCUUGGAAUCCUCAACAGUGAUGCAUCCUUACAUGAGUCUGGCACACCAAGUGACGUGAUCAUUGGUGUGUUAGACACUGGGGUUUGGCCCGAAUCAAGUAGCUACGAUGAUAAGGAAGUAGGCCCACUCCCUCCUGGCUGGAAGGGAGCGUGUGAAGCAAGCAAAACCUUCAGCUCAUCAAGCUGCAAUCGCAAACUGAUUGGCGCAAGGUUCUUCUCACAAGGUUAUGAAGCAGCAUAUGGGCCAGUUGAUGAGACUGUAGAAUCCAGGUCCCCGAGGGAUGACGACGGCCACGGAACACACACAUCAACCACAGCAGCUGGAUCGCCUGUGGUUGGAGCAAGCCUCUUUGGUUAUGCUGCAGGCACAGCACGCGGGAUGGCCAGACACGCCAGAGUGGCAGCAUACAAAGUAUGCUGGCAGGGAGGAUGUCUCAGCAGCGACAUACUAAUGGCGAUGGAAAAGGCAAUUGAAGAUGGCGUGCACAUUCUAUCCUUGUCACUGGGUGGAUCAGCCAAUGAUUACUUCCAAGAUGCUGUUGCAAUCGGAGCGUUUGCAGCAACGUCUAAAGGGAUUCUUGUUUCAUGCUCAGCCGGGAAUGGAGGCCCAAGUCCGGGUAGCUUAUCUAAUGUCGCGCCAUGGAUAACUACAGUGGGGGCUGGUACAAUGGAUCGACAAUUCCCAUCAUAUAUUACCCUUGGAAAUGGUAAAAAACUAACUGGGGAAUCACUUUACAAUGGAAAACCCUUACCUGGGUCCUUAAUCCCAUUGGUUUAUGCUGGCAAUAUCAGUAGAGCAUCCAAUGGUAAUCUAUGCAUGAAAGGAGGCUUAAUCUCAGAAAAAGCCAAGGGGAAGAUUGUGGUGUGCGACCGAGGGCUGAAUCCAAGGGCACAAAAAGGUCUGGCAGUCAGAGAGGCAGGUGGGAUUGGAAUGAUUCUAGCAAACACGGAUACCUUCGGAGAAGAGCUGGUUGCCGACGCCCAUUUUAUACCUACAGCAGCUGUAGGUCAGGCUCCAGGCGAGGAGAUAAAGAAGUACACCUUUUCAGACCCUAAUCCAAGUGCCAUAGUUACAUCUGGACGCACCCAGCUCGGAGUCCAGCCAUCACCUGUUGUAGCAGCAUUUAGUUCAAGAGGUCCAAAUCUAAUCACACCUGAUAUACUCAAACCUGAUUUGAUAGCCCCAGGUGUGAACAUACUUGCUGGUUGGACGGGAAAGGUUGGUCCUACAGGAUUGCCUGAAGACACCCGGCAUGUGGACUUCAACAUAGUUUCUGGCACGUCCAUGUCCUGCCCUCACAUAAGUGGAUUAGCAGCACUUGUUAAGGCCGCCCAUCCAGAAUGGAGCCCUGCAGCUAUAAGGUCAGCACUGAUGACAACAGCUUAUAGUAAAUACAAGAAUGGAGAAAGAAUUAAAGAUAUUGCAACUGGAAAGCCAUCCACACCAUUUGAUUAUGGUGCUGGACAUGUGGACCCUUUAUCAGCACUAGACCCUGGUCUAGUAUAUGAUACAGCAACCAACAACUACAUAGAUUUCCUUUGUGCCAUAGGAUACAGUUCGAGUAUGAUAAAGCUCAUCGCGAAGCAAGAGUAUCAAUGCAAGGCAGAUGUGAAUUACAGGGUAGCAGAUCUUAACUACCCAUCUUUUGCUGUUCCACUUGAGACCGCCUCAGGUCCACGUGGGGGUAGUAGCGCACCAACAGUUGUCAAAUAUACUAGGACCCUAACAAAUGUGGGUGAUCCAGCAACUUAUAAGGUAUCCAUCUCUCAGGAUACAAAUUCAGUCAAGAUCCAGGUUCAGCCAGCAGUGCUCAGUUUCAGUACUCCAAACGAGAAGAGGACUUACAUGGUGACAUUCACUGCAACUUCAAUGCCAUCAGGCACAAGCAGCUUUGCUCAUUUGGAAUGGUCGGAUGGGAAACAUACUGUUGGUAGUCCAAUUGUGUUUAGCUGGACAUAGUAGUAAUGUAUAUAUGUCUAAUGAUUCUUGUAUGUGAAAUGAGAACUUUGUAAGAAAAUUAAAAGUGAUGAAUGUAAAGCAAUUAAUAGCAACAUUCUAAGAAAAAAAAAAUCCUAGCUGGCUUUUAGAUUUGAUUCAUUAUGAUAUAACAUAAUCUCUGGUUCUGCCUCAAAAAAAAAAAAAAAAAAAAAAUAGCAACAUUCUAAGAAAAA